GGCAGGCGUUCAGUUCAGCAAUACCAUUUGGACUAUGCACUUGAUGCAGAAGCCAAUGUGAGUAUAUGUUAUUGUUCUUCACACGAGUUAAGUUAUGUUUUUGUUGUUUUGACAUGCCAUGCCAUACCACCAGGAGCUGUAGGUUCUAGAAGCUCUUCAGGUCCUGACUCGCCACUAGGAGCUGUUGGAUCUACAAGUAGUCCUGCCAUGCCACCAAGCGCUGCAUCUUCAGGUGCUAAUAACUACAACCGUAUGACCCUAGAAGCAUUAUUGAAUUCUCCCUCGAGAGAGCUUCAUCCACACCUCCAUCCAAGGAAACUCAAUGGUGUUUUAUGGUUCGGUGUAGACCCAUCUGUCCAAAAAUUCAUCCGAACAACAUGGCAAGCCUACUACAUGGGACCAUGGAGUAGCUGGAAAUUUGUUCCUCAAGAGAGGAAAGAUAAGUGGUGGCAGACAUUUGUGCAAAACUACUACUGGGAAGAUCAUUUUAAAACCGAGGUCUACCGUCUUUGGAAGUUGCACACACAGACAACAAUAUACCAAAAGAUCUGUAAGAAGAAGAGACUGAACCAGAAGCCUAAGUUCAUAAGCGAAUCUGACUGGACCACUCUGCUGGAGUUUUGGUCAACAGAACCAGCCCGUAAAAGGAGCAAGUCAGCGGCUUCAUCUCGCAUGACAGAGAAAGGGGUACACAAGCAUUGUGCAGGUCCUCAAAACUUUUUAAAGAUCGAAUAUGACAUGAUGGUGGCGUCUGGUCUUGAUGAACCACCACCUUACACCGAUCUCGUGCAUAAGACACACACGCGGUCAGAUGGAACUUUCGUUGAUGGUCGAUCAGAAUCUCUUGUUCUUGAAGUAGAGGAGGCCGUGUCAGAGAUGACAGCUGAUGAUGGAUCUCCUCAUUCUGACAGCCAAGGCACCUCAACAGCUGCAACGUCUGCAAUUCCUACUCGCAUUCUCCUCAACGAAGAAUUUCUCAAACGCAGCAAGACAAAGCGAGGGAGAGUAUACGGAAUAGGCAGUGUGCAGCUUCGGGAUUUCACUCCGACCGAGACAGUCCAUGAAUCUCAUACACACACCGUCGACAUCGACAUGCGUAUCUCCGGUUUGGAAGCUAAUUCAAAAGCUGUCAACAGCAAUGUUGAAACGCUCAAGGAAGAUGUGCUGGCGAUGAGGGGUGAGUUCAAGGAUGAGUUGGCCACAGUCAAGAAUGAAAUGGUGGCAGUACUAAAUGCAUUCCUACAAAAGGUUGGUACCACUCCGCUUUCUACUACUACUGAUGAUGCCUCUCUGCCCCCUGCUGCUGCUGCCGCUGCUGCUGCCUCUACAAAUCCUGCUAACACCACAAACCCAAGUCAACAACAACCUACACUAGAUGAGAUGUAUGCUUCUUUAUUAGGAGAUUAGUUUUUUCUAAUGUCUUUUCAUGUUAAACUGUUUAACUUUUAUGUUAUGUUUCAAAUACUUUUUAAUGUAUAAUAUUCUAAUUGAUUAUUGCAUUUUCGUAUUUUAUA